AGUAGAUUUGCUACCUGUGGAGGCAAAGGGACAGGUAAGUUGUGGCUCUCCCACCUGUGGACACCUGACAGGGAAGGAAGGAAGACCAUGGGGCGAUUCAUCUUUGCGAGUCUCAGCUUGCUGGUUGUGGCUUUUUACCUGAGUGGAAUUGGAGCUGAUCACCAUUGUCCCUUUGGUUGGCUCUCCCACAAUGUGUCUUGCUACAAGUUCUUCAAAAAUUGGAUGACCUGGGACCAAGCGCAGAGGUUCUGCAUGGAGCAGCAGGAAAACGGCCAUCUCGCUUCCAUCAAAGACGUGGAAGUGUCUUUUACGUUGUCCAAUCACAUUUCUGAAAGAUUGAAAUUCUUAGAUGUCUGGAUUGGAUUGAGGCUUUCAAAGAGGAAAGGCAUCUGGGAGUGGAGUGAUGGCUCCAACAUCACCCACACAUCCUGGGAACAAGGCGAACCCAACAACUUUUUCAACAAGGAGUUCUGUGUUGCGCUGACAGCCGGGUCACGGUAUCUCCAAUGGAAUGAUAAGGACUGCACGCACCGGCAUCCUUUUGUCUGCACGUUCCAGCCCCGGAUUCAGGCUGGCGGCUGAUGAAGGUCGGAGAAGCAGCGAGGCCCCCCUGCCUGCCGAAAUCUCUUCUCCACACCCCUUUGCUUAACGGAUGCUUUGCAUAGCUUGGAUCUGAUUUUGCUCAUUCUGAUGGGCCAGAAGUUUGAAUAAAUUCUGUCUAGCAUUA